GCCCCCGGCCCGCCCCCGCGCUGCCCGCGCUCCCGCCGCCUCCCAGGAGCUGCGUCCCGUCCAGUCCAGUCCCGUCUGCGGCGCGGUCCGGCCCGUGCGCUCGCUCCGGCCGCCUUCCGCCGUCCUCCGCCAGCGCCAUGGCCAGCCUGCGGCCGUCCGGCUCGGCCCCGCUGCAGCCGCUGCUGCUGCUGCUGCUCCUGGUCGUGGCCGCGCGCGCCCUGCCCAGCGCCGACGGGACGUGCCCCGAGCGCGCGCUGGAGCGGCGGGAGGAGGAGGCGAACGUGGUGCUCACCGGCACCGUGGAGGAGAUCCUCAACGUGGACCCGGUGCAGCACACGUACUCGUGCAAGGUGCGGGUCUGGCGGUACUUGAAGGGCAAAGAUAUAGUGACUCAGGAGAGCCUGCUGGAUGGAGGCAACAAGGUGGUGAUUGGUGGCUUCGGAGACCCGCUCAUCUGUGACAACCAGGUGUCCACUGGGGACACCAGGAUCUUCUUUGUGAACCCUGCACCACCGUACCUGUGGCCGGCCCACAAGAACGAGCUGAUGCUCAACUCCAGCCUCAUGCGCAUCACCCUGCGGAACCUGGAGGAGGUGGAGCACUGUGUAGAAGACAAACCUGGAACCCACUUCACGCCAGUGCCCCCGACGCCUCCGGAUGCGUGCCGAGGAAUGCUGUGUGGCUUCGGCGCCGUGUGCGAGCCUAGUGCAGAAGGUCCGGGCCGAGCCUCCUGUGUGUGCAAGAAGAGCACCUGCCCUAACGUGGUGGCACCGGUGUGCGGCUCGGAUGCUUCCACAUACAGCAACGAGUGUGAGCUGCAGCGGGCGCAGUGCAGCCAGCAAAGGCGCAUCCGCCUGCUGCGCCGGGGGCCCUGUGGGAUGCGGGACCCUUGCUCUAAUAUAACCUGCAGCUUCGGCAGCACCUGCGCACGCUCCUCAGAUGGGCUGACGGCCACAUGCCUGUGCCCUGCCACAUGCCUGGGGGCCCCCGAGAGCCCGGUGUGCGGCAGCGAUGGCACUGACUACCCCAGUGAGUGCCAGCUCUUGCGCCACGCCUGCGCCCGUCAGGAGAACGUCUUCAAGAAGUUCGAUGGCCCCUGCGACCCCUGCCAGGGCGCCCUCAACGACCUGAGCCGAGUCUGCCGUGUGAACCCACGUACACGGCACCCAGAGAUGCUGCUGCGGCCAGAGAGCUGCCCUUCCCGGCAGGCACCUGUGUGUGGGGACGAUGGGGUCACCUACGAUAACGACUGCGUCAUGGGCCGAACAGGGGCUACACGAGGCCUCCUCCUCCAGAAAGUGCGCUCUGGCCAGUGCCUGCCUCGAGACCAGUGCCCAGAGACGUGCAGGUUCAGUGCUGUGUGCCUGUCCCGCCGAGGCCGCCCCCGCUGUUCCUGCGACCGUGUCAUCUGUGAUGGGGCCUACAGACCUGUGUGCGCCCACGAUGGGCACACGUAUGACAACGACUGUUGGCGCCAGCAGGCCGAGUGUCAGCAGCAGCGCAGCAUCCCUGCCAAGCACCAGGGCCCGUGUGACCAGCCCCCGUCCCCAUGCCUCGGGGUGCAGUGCCCAUUUGGGGCGACGUGUGCCGUGAAGAAUGGGGAAGCCGAGUGUGUGUGUCAGCAGACGUGUUCCGGCCUCUAUGAUCCUGUGUGUGGCAGUGACGGCGUCACCUACGGCAGUGCGUGCGAGCUGGAGGCUACCGCCUGUGCCCUUGGACAGGAGAUCCGGGUGGCUCGUCGAGGACCCUGUGACCGCUGCGGGCAGUGCCGCUUUGGAGCCCUGUGCGAGGCUGAGACCGGGCGCUGCGUGUGCCCCUCUGAAUGUGUGGCCUCAGCCCAGCCUGUGUGUGGCUCUGACGGGCACACUUACGCCAGUGAGUGUGAACUGCAUGUCCACGCCUGCACACACCAGAUCAGCCUGCACGUGGCCUCGGCCGGACAUUGCCAGACCUGUGGAGAGUCCGUAUGCGCCUUUGGGGCCGUGUGCUUGGCAGGACAGUGUGUGUGCCCGCGGUGUGAGCACCCUCCACCUGGCCCCGUGUGCGGCAGCGAUGGGGUGACCUACCGCAGUGCCUGUGAGCUACGCGAGGCUGCCUGCCAGCAGCAGAGGCAGAUUGAGGAGGCCCGGGGGGGGCCGUGCGAGCAGGCUGAGUGCGGCUCAGGAGGCUCCGGCUCUGGGGAAGACGGCGAGUGUGAGCAGGAGCUGUGCCGGCAGCGAGGCGGCAUCUGGGACGAAGACUCUGAGGAUGGGCCAUGCGUCUGCGACUUCAGCUGCCAGGGUGUCCUAAGGAGCCCGGUCUGCGGCUCAGACGGGGUUACCUACGGCACCGAGUGUGAGCUGAAGAAGGCCAGGUGUGACUCAAGGCAAGAACUGUACGUCGUGGCCCAGGGAGCCUGCCGCAGCCCCACCUUGGCCCCGCGGCCACCUGCAGUUCCCCUGCACUGCGCUCAGGCCCCCUAUGGCUGCUGCCAGGACAACAUCACUGCUGCCCGGGGUGUGGGCCUGGCUGGCUGCCCCAGCUCGUGCCAGUGCAACCCACACGGCUCCUACAGCGGCACCUGUGACCCAGCCACAGGCCAGUGCUCCUGCCGCCCAGGCGUGGGGGGCCUCAAGUGUGACCGCUGUGAGCCUGGCUUUUGGAACUUCCGUGGUAUCGUUACCGACGGCCGGAGCGGCUGUACCCCCUGCAGCUGUGACCCCCAGGGCGCCGUGCGGGAUGACUGCGAGCAGAUGACCGGGCUGUGCUCCUGUAAGCCUGGAGUGGCUGGACCCAAGUGCGGGCAGUGUCCAGAUGGCCAUGCCCUGGGCCCUGCUGGCUGUGAAACAGACCCUUCGGCACCCAAGACCUGUGCUGAGAUGCCGUGCGAGUUCGGGGCAUCCUGUGUGGAGGAGGCUGGCUCCGCCCACUGCGUGUGCCCAACACCCACCUGUCUGGGGGCCAACGCUACCAAGGUCUGUGGGUCAGAUGGAGUCACCUAUGGCAACGAGUGCCAGCUGAGGACCAUCGCCUGCCGUCAGGGCUUGGACAUCUCUGUCCAGAGCCUCGGCCCCUGCCAGGAAGGCAUUGCUUCUGGCCCCCGUCCAACAUCCGCCUCUGUGGCCGCCUCAUGGCUUGACCUGAGCAAGGCACUGCUGCCCCCCGCCAGUGCCCUCCCCCUGGCUCCCAGCGGUAGCCACCUCAGCCAGCCCGCCUCGCGACCCUCAUCACAACCUUGGACCACCGCCAGCAUCCCAAGGACCACCACAAGGCCUGUGCCGACCCUGCCUCCCACGCCGCCCCCCGCAGCAGCCAGCCUUGCCAUGUCCGCCUUCGGUGAAUCUGGCAGUGCUGAUGGGAGCAGCGACGAGGAGCUGAGUGGUGACUUGGAGGCCAGUGGGGCUGGCUCAGGAGGACUUCUGCCCCCUGAGGGAGACGGCGCUGGGACCCCGGGGCCACCCGCUGAGAGGGCCUCCUGCUACAACUCGCCUGUGGGCUGCUGCUCAGAUGGCAGGACACCCUCACUGGACGCAGAGGGCUCCAACUGUCCUGCCACCAAGGUGUUCCAGGGUGUGCUGGAGCUUGAGGGGGUCGAGGGGCAGGAGCUGUUCUACACGCCGGAGAUGGCCGACCCCAAGUCCGAGCUGUUUGGGGAGACCGCCAGGAGCAUCGAGAGCGCGCUGGAUGACCUCUUCCGGAACUCGGACGUUAAGAAGGACUUCCGAAGCAUCCGCCUACGGGACUUGGGGCCCGGCAGCUCGGUCCGAGCCAUUGUGGAUGUGCACUUUGACCCCACCACAACCUUCAGGGCACCCGACGUGGGCAGGGCCCUGCUCCGGCAGAUCCAAGUGUCCAGGCGCCGGUCCCUGGGGGUGAGGCGUCCUCUGCAGGAACACGUGCGGUUCAUGGACUUCGACUGGUUUCCUGCAUUCUUCACGGGAGCCACCCCUGCUGCAGCCACGGCCAGAGCCACCACUGUGGCCCGCCUACCUCCUUCAGCUGCAGCCACUCGGGCCCUGUAUCCCAGUCACACAAGCCGGCCUGUCGCCAGGACCACAGCUCCCCUCACCACACGCCAGCCCCCCACCACUGCCCCCAGUCGUGUGCCUGGACGCCGGCCCCUGCCUCCAGGCACCCAGAAGCCUCCAAGUCCCUGCGACUCCCAGCCCUGCCUCCACGGGGGGACCUGCCAGGACCAGGGCCCGGGUGGAGCCUUCACCUGCAGCUGCCCGGCAGGCAGAGGGGGCACCUUCUGUGAGGAGGCGCUGCCCCUGUCCAGGCCGGCCUUUGGGGGCCGCUCCUUCCUGGCCUUCCCCACCCUCCGCGCCUACCACACGCUGCGCUUGGCCCUUGAAUUUCGGGCCCUGGAGCCCGAGGGGCUGCUGCUCUACAACGGCAACGCCCGGGGCAAGGACUUCCUGGCACUGGCACUGCUGGGGGGCCGCGUGCAGCUCAGGUUUGACACAGGUUCUGGGCCUGCGGUGCUGACCAGCUCUGUGCCCGUGCAGCCUGGCCGGUGGCAUCGCCUGGAGCUGUCUCGGCACUGGCGACGGGGUACGCUGUCAGUGGACGGCGAGACCCCUGUCCUGGGCCAGAGCCCCAGUGGCACCGACGGCCUCAACCUGGACACGGACCUUUUCGUGGGUGGCGUCCCCGAGGACCAGGCUGCUGUGGUGCUUGAGCGGACCUCUGUCAGCGUCGGCCUCAGGGGCUGCAUCCGCCUGCUGGACGUCAACAACCAGAGGCUGGAGCUGAGCGCCUGGCAGGGCUCUGCGACUCGAAGCUCCCGAGUGGGCGAGUGCGGAGACCACCCCUGUGUGCCCAGCCCCUGCCUCGGCAGCGCCCCGUGCCAGGCCCUGGAGGCCGGCAUGUUCCACUGCCAGUGUCCACCCGGCCGCUUUGGCCCGACCUGUGCGGAAGAGAAGGGCCCUUGUCAGCCGAACCCCUGCCAUGGGGCAGCCCCCUGCCAUGUGCUGCCCCAGGGCGAGGCCCAGUGCGAGUGCCCCCGGGGCCGGGGCGGCAGCCUCUGCCAAACAGCCUCGGAGCGGGACGAUGCCAUGCAGCCUUUCCUGGCUGACUUCAACAGCUUUUCCUACCUGGAGCUGAAAGGCCUGCAUACCUUUGAGCGGGACCUAGGGGAGAAGAUGGAGCUGGAGGUGGUGUUCCUGGCCCGGGGCCCCAGCGGCUUGCUCCUGUACAACGGGCAGAAGACAGACGGCAAGGGUGACUUUGUGUCCCUGGCGCUGCACAACCGCCUCCUGGAGUUCCGCUAUGACCUGGGCAAGGGGGCGGCGGUCAUCAGGAGCAAGGAGCCCGUGGCCCUGGGCGUGUGGACCAGGGUGUCCCUGGAGCGAAACGGCCGCAAAGGAGCCAUGCGGGUGGGCGACGGGCCCCGCGUGCUGGGGGAAUCCCCGGUGCCGCACACCAUCCUCAACCUGAAGGAGCCCCUGUACAUUGGGGGCGCCCCCGACUUCAGCAGGCUGGCCCGGGCAGCCGCCGUGUCCUCUGGCUUCGAUGGUGCCAUCCAGCUGGUCGCCCUGAACGGCCGCCAGCUGCUGACCCGGGAGCACGUGGUGCAGGCAGUGGACGUCUCGUCCUUUGCAGACCACCCUUGUACCCAGGCCGCGGGCCACCCUUGCCUCAACGGAGCCUCCUGUCUCCCUCGGGGGGCCUCCUAUGAGUGCCUGUGUCCUGGGGGCUUCUCAGGGCUGCACUGUGAGAAGGGCCUGAUUGAGAAGUCAGCAGGGGACCUGGACGCACUGGCCUUUGAUGGACGGACCUACGUCGAGUACCUCAAUGCCGUGACUGAGAGCGAGAAGGCGCUGCAGAGCAACCACUUUGAGCUGAGUCUGCGCACGGAGGCCACGCAGGGGCUGGUGCUGUGGAGUGGCAAGGCCACGGAGCGGGCCGACUAUAUCGCCCUGGCCAUCGUGGAUGGACACCUGCAGCUGACUUACGACCUGGGCUCCCAGCCUGUGGUGCUGCGCUCCACCGUCGCAGUCAACACCAACCGCUGGUUGCGGGUCAGGGCACACAGGGACCAGAGGGAAGGUUCUCUUCAGGUGGGCAAUGAAGCUCCUGUGACAGGCUCCUCCCCGCUGGGCGCCACGCAGCUGGACACCGACGGAGCCCUGUGGCUGGGUGGCCUGGAGAAGUUGCCUGGGGGCCAGGCUCUGCCCAAGGCCUACAGCACAGGCUUUGUGGGCUGUCUGCGGGAUGUGGUGGUGGGUCGGCGCCCACUGCACCUGCUGGAGGACGCCGUCACCAAGCCGGAGCUUCGGCCCUGUCCCACCCCGUGAGCCACACCACAGCCACCGCCCACCUUGCUGUAAUUAUUUUCUAUUUUUGUAAACUUGUUGCUUUUUUGAUAUGAUUUUCUUGCCUACGCGUUGGCCAGAGGGACUGCCGGCCCAGCCUCCCUCCUGUCCAGGCCGAGCCGCAGAGACAGGCCUGGUGCCGAGGGACAUUCGGGCUUGGGCAAAAUGCGGCCCAUGGAGGGCUUGACUCCCUUGACAGCUUGGGAUGCACCCCUCUGCCUUGGGACACUGCGUCCUGGCCUCUGGGGACGUGCCUCCCUGGUGUGCCCGCUUGCACUGGCCCUCGUGUUUUCCGGCCUGUCGGCAGACCCUACAUACACACACUGCCCACGUUCCAUCUGGCAAAGGGCUGUGUCCCCAGAACAGAAAGGCACUGCCAGGGUUUGGGGGGCCCUUCCUCUGCGCGAGCCCCACGACACCUUUGUUACCAACCGAGCUGCCCCUCCUGCCUGCUUGUGUGGGCAGGGCUGACCUCACCUGGAUCCACAGAGCACGGGCCCGCCCCUCCCGGGCCUCCUGUGCCAAGACUGUGACUUAGAAACGUGUCACUGUUGGGGCCACACUGCACCCCUCCCCCAGACGUGCCCACCAGUCCUGAGGCACUGGAGAGCAGAGGCCAGUCUCAGGCCUGUUCAGGGCAGCCCUCCCCACCCCCAAGCCCCAGGAGGGAAAGGGGCCAGCUUGCGAUGCCAUCGACACCCACUGCCUGUUUGCCAGGGCAGCCAGCAUCCCCUCUCAAGGAAGCACGUCCAGGCCUGACCACCAACCACAGAACCUGUACGUGUUGAUUUUACUUGACCCCUGGGAUGGCAGGGCUGUUGUCUUUCCUGUCCUGGCCCGAGGGCAGCUGAGGACACCACACUGUUCUGGCAUGAGGAGUGCUUGUCCUUGUCCAAGAAUGACCAGGAGCUGACUGGUGUCUGACCAAGGCCAAAGGGCAGGUGCAGGGGUGGCAGAGAUGGCUGCUAAGCCAGAAACGCCUUAAACUGCAGUGUUAGGUCUCAUCUGGUCCUGUUCCCCACCCCCACCCCUCCCCGUCCUGGUGGGGUUAGCAGCGCCUCCCACAACUGGGCCUGGGGUGUCAGGCUCAGAGGCCGGAGGGAGCCUCACACGUCCUGUUACUAACUCCAAUCUGUGUCUGUGUCAAUCACCACGAAAUAAAGUCCGAACACUUUUGA